AUGACCACGACCAGCAGACGGUACUCUUCCAAGCAGCAGAAUGGGGACUCGGCGGCAGAGGCGUGGACCGCGGAUGAUGUUUUCGACAACACGUACCGAGAGAAAGGAGGGGCGCAACCAAUGGUUCUGGUGUGGAGGAACAUCAUCCUGAUGAGUCUGCUGCAUGUUGGUGCGCUCUACGGUCUCCUCCUCAUCCCCUCCACGACCCCUUUAACUCUGGCCUGGACUGCAGUGUGCUACGUCUACAGCGCUCUGGGUGUGACUGCUGGUGCUCAUAGGUUAUGGAGCCACAGAUCCUUCAAGGCUUCUUUCCCCCUCAGAGUCUUCCUCGCUGUUGGCAACUCCAUGGCAUUUCAGAAUGAUAUUUAUGAGUGGGCCAGGGAUCAUCGUGUCCACCAUAAGUACUCUGAAACCAACGCAGAUCCCCACAAUGCCAAGCGUGGCUUCUUCUUCUCCCACAUUGGGUGGCUGCUGGUCCGAAAGCAUCCCGAUGUCAUCGAGAAGGGACAGAAACUGCAGCUGGAAGAUUUGAGGGCAGAUGAGGUGGUGAUGUUCCAGAGACGGUACUACAAAAUCUCUGUGGUGAUCUUUUGCUUCCUUGCCCCGAUGUUGGUGCCCUGGUAUUUCUGGGGCGAGUCCCUGAUGGUGGCGUACUUUGUUCCUGGACUCUUUAGGUACGCCAUGGUGCUUAAUGCCACCUGGUUGGUAAACAGUGCUGCACACAUGUGGGGCAACAGACCUUAUGACAAGGCCAUCAACCCGAGGGAGAACCUAUUUGUUGCUUUAGGUGCCAUAGGGGAAGGCUUCCACAACUACCAUCACACAUUCCCCUUUGACUACGCCACAAGUGAGUUUGGCUGCAAGAUCAACCUGACCACGGCCUUUAUAGAUCUCAUGUGCCUCUUAGGGUUGGCCAGAGACUGCAAGCAGGUUUCCAAGGAGAUGAUCGUGGCCCGCGUACAGCGAACGGGUGAUGGAAGCUACAAAAGUGGCUGAGUCAGGAUGGGCUGUGUUACCAAAGGGUCAACAGCCGAGGAUGUAGCAACAAUUCACUGGUGCGGAGAUGAUUACCAAGCUUCUGAUCAUGAGUUAAACCUUUAUGUGAAACUAAUGUUUCAAGAAGUGUUUCCAUAAAAGUUGUGGGAGUCUUUGUUGUGUUCACAGAUUAUUUGUGACUAAUAAAAACUUGACUACCUGUGCAAACACAGUAUUUUCCAACCGUGACAUAUUUUUGGCAUGCUUAAAUGAGCAGUGUGCAAAAACAGUUUUCAACAGAAUCAUCUUAUUUAAAUUUUAUUUAAUAAUUUAGUAUAUUUUGUAUGGUUUUCAGCACUUUGAAAGCUAACCCCUCUCUGCAGGCAAGGUCAAGUCAUUUUGCUUUACAUCAGUGGUGCUUUGUCAAUGAUUUUCAUAUUAAUAUGUGUAUAUUUUCUGCUACUUUUAACAAUAUUUGGUAGUAAUAGCAUUAGUAAACAAGUAAACCGCAAUGCUAAAGUUUAAUAUCAAUAAAAUCAGGCCUUUAUUUAGCGUAACACACCUGGUUGAAUACAGUUCAACGGUAUAGUACUUGGGAAUAAUUUAACAUACAUUGUUUCUCCAUCUGCCUUGCCAAAGGUUAGAUGAAACACUGCCUCUGACGUGAUUAUAAACUUUUAACUGAAACGCCUCUCUGUCUAAGAAAUCAAUAAGUUUGCAUAAUUCUGAAACAUUCACAUUUGUCCUCUCAAUCAAAUGAGGCCAAUAAGUCAUGUGAAAGCUGUGCAUUUAUCUUUUACAAAGUGCAAUAUGACUGAAACCUUUGGUCCUUAUGCCUUAACAAAGGUUGCCCGUGUGAUAAAAUUUAAAGUUCAGCUUUUAGAAAUAAAAUGUGUUUUAAUGUUUCUAUAGAAUGACUUGUUUGGAUUCCCUUUAAUCAACUGUAUUCUUUAAAAAGCAAUCCUAUAAGAAAAUGUGGGCUACUGCAAUUUAACUGUUUUACCAAAUAAAGUACAAUUUUAACUUGUAAAAAAAAACCUCUUAAAACAUUUGUCACAAAUCAUCUUUUAGAAAGCAACACAUUUCUAGUGUUGUAAAAGGGCACAUUUAUUUCAAAAGAAUGUUUUUGUAUCUAUUUUAUGCACUUGGAAUAAAUCAUGUUUUUUUGCAGCAAA